UUAUCCCCAAGCGAACUUACAGAUAAACUUCCUGUCUGCUGUCAAACAAAAACAAUGUGGACAUUUGCAUACUGCUGUGUAUUUUAUUUCCCCUGAAAGCAUGGCUUCUCUUCUAAGGAAGGAUCAUCUGAAAAAUAACUUAGAGAAGGCAUGCAUUCGUCGGGAUGAUGUCCAGGAUCUCGUAUUAUUGGAUGAAAGUGAUGCAUUUCUUGACACAAACCUCACUUUAGAGAUUGAUGACCAGGAUGAGGAUGCGAAAAGUUUGGCGAGUCCUGCUGGAUCAGUAUCGUUUGAAGGGGAUUUCCCUGGGACUGGCAUGGUCAGUUUUGAUGUAGUUUCAGCAGACAAGAUCAAAGAUGGACGCUCAAGUUUUGUGAAAUACACCAUACUGGUAAGCAGCCACAAUAAGAUCCAGAAGGUCCCAGGAACAGUCGAGAAAAGAUACUCGGAUUUUGAAAAGUUGAAUACAUGUCUCCGAAAACGUUUUCCAGAUCUGAUGGAGGAGGUGUCCUUUCCGGGGAAAUUGUUGAUUGGUAAUUUUAAAAAUGAGACUAUCGCUCGCCGUAGUCGUGCCUUUGAGCAGUAUCUUACUCACCUCUUCUCUAUACAUAGGGUAAGAUUCUCACCUGAAUUUGUUGCAUUUUUUUAUGAGGAAGAUCUGCGAGAUGGUUACGCUGCUAUGGAAAGAGGGUGUUACUCGGAUGCUAUUUCCAUUCUGGAGAAGUGUCUGCCAGUUCAAGAGAAGUUACAAGGCGACUGGCACCCUGAUGUGAUAGGUACGCUUUGUAGUCUAGUCAUCUGCUAUCAUGCAAUUGACAAGAUCGACAUGGCGCUCAAGUAUGCAGACUCUGCCCUUUCUUGUCUUAAAGGCAAUAGGCGUGAUAAACAUUAUCUCCCCUUGUUACAUCUUGACAUUUACUUUCAUUGGAUGCAGGGCAAGGACAAAGCUCAUCUAGAGGAAAAGCUGGCCCAAUUGCGCAAAGAUGGCAUCAAUACUGAUAAAGAUAUCAAUCUGAAGGCCCUUGUACUGGAUCGCUUCAAAAGUUGACAGUGAACAAGAUAGUGACUGUCAAAACCUGUCACUAUCAGAAAAAAAUCUUAAGAAAAAGCUUGGUAACCUGCUUUUUCAUAUCAGUUUUAGUCAACAUUAAUGAAGUUUUUAGGUCACCUGAGACAAAGUCUCAAGUGACCUAUUGCGAUCGCCUUUUGUCUGUCGUCGUCCGUCGUG